AUGCAGUCUAGCCCGCCAGUACGCGCCUUUGCGCGACGCGACUCUCAGCCAGAGUCGGAAUAUUCGCUGGACCUGAACGCAUUAGAUCUGGACAACGACGACACCGACACCAGUAUUCCGAAGCCAAAUAUCGAGCGCAUUAUGUCAGAAGAUAUUGAAGGCCCCAGCGACUUCACACAAAACAUGGAUAUGUGGAUGCGAGGCGGGAGCAUCAAGAAGAAAGGCACGCUGAGAGGCAGGAACGCUACAGCACAAACGACGCGCGACUUCCGAGAAGAGGCGAUGCGAUCGCGGCACGAAGAAUACGUGUCUGAGAACGAUAUCCGACGUGACUUUCUCGACGUGCCACAAAACGAGCUUCAUCUUGAGGACGACCAUACAGGAAGCCAUCAUACUCCGGAGAACAGCCCUCCCAAGCUGUCGGUGCUGAACCGAACGGGCGACGAGGAGCAGUUCAGCUCGGAGUGGCAGACUGAUGGUGAAGGCUCAACUCCACAGCCACCAGCACAUAAGCAGUUUCUUCCGCCGACUGUUGAGGAUUACUAUAGCGAGCUCACCACGGCACAGCAGACGCCAGGCCAAUCUCGAGUUCGCACGUAUGGCACGAUCAAUAGCAGUCUGAAGCAGACAUUAGACGAAGAAGAAGAGGACAAGUCGACACCAGGACGUGCUUCUAGUCCAACCUUAUCUCCCGUGCGAUCGCCAAUCCUACAGCGGAGCUCUACUCAGGCCACCCUACAACGCACUUCUACGCACGGCACAUAUGGUCGCGAGGCUGAUCACAAGUCUCGCAUGGAGAUGGAGCAGCAAUUCAAGCAGCUUGAUGCAAAGUGCCAACAGCUGGAGCAUCUGAAUGAUGUGUUGGGACAUGCUCUAGACGAGGAGCGCCGGACACGCAAGCAGGAGCAGGUAAAGUACGAAACCAGCUCAGCUGAAGCCGCCCGUCGCGAAAAAGACCUUCUCGAGAUGAAGGAAAUGGCAAAUCGACAUAACGAAGAAUUCCGACGAGAGUUUGCGCAGCUGAAGGAGAAGUUCGCCGAUCAGCAGACUCUGGCGGAAAUGGCUCGCAAGAACGCUUCUGGCGAUGAGCAGACCCAUGCUAUCGAGGCGCAAGCGUUGCGCGGCGAGAUCGAGAGGCUGAAGCUGGACCACCACCUGCAGAUCAGAGGUCUGCAACAAGACUUGGAGAUUGCCAAUCGAAGCAGAACCGAUGCAGAGCAGGACGUCCGAAUGCUUCGGCAAGAACACGCAGGAGAGCGCGAGUUACAUCAGGAGGAAGUCGCACGCCUCAAGGCCGAAACAAAUCAGGCCCAGAAGACUGAGAACGUCCUCGCUCAACUGGAGCGGCAACUGCGUGAAGCCAGGGCAGAGAUUGCACGCCUCAAGAGUAACAAUGUCGAAGCAGUUGAUCAACUGAAGACUGCCUCUGAAGAGCUCGAAGCCGCCAAGCACGGCCGCGAUGAUGAACUAGAUCGAGCCGUUGUCGAGCGCAGCCGAGCUGUAGAGCUUGCUGCUGGAUUCCAACGACAAAUGCAAGAACUUCGGCAGCAAAUGAGAGACGGAAAGGCUAGGCACGAAUCAGAGAUGGCCCGUCUACGCAACUCACAUGAGCAAAAUGGCCAGACGUCAACGCAAGAAAUCGAGGUGAUUCGCAUGGAGCUCGAAUCGAAGCAGGCAGAUCUCAAUACUGCCAUAUUCGAGCGUGACCAAGCACAAGACUCGCUUCAGAAUCUGGCCUCGGAAGUCUCUAGCCUCAAGAAGAAGCUUUUCGACCAGGAAUCUGUCAACUCAACUUUGGACCUGCGUGUCACCGAUGCGAUUAAGAAGCGCGAGACGCAUUGGCGCGAGAAGCUGGAGGAAGCUAAUCGUGAGCGCGAGCUGAUGGCGAAGACUUUGUUGCAUCAAUGGGGUAAAGAGGAGGUGGGUGUUGAAAGUCCGCAGAGGUAUGCGUACAAGUACCAUUCCAGAUCCAAGACCCGAAGCAAGAGCCCAGACAAGGAGAAUCGAGAUCCAAGCAGCCCGAGGAAGGGAUCGAAAGCUACAGCGGCAUGA